GGUGCGUUGGUAAAUCCCGGAAAUACCCCUUGGCAAAAAACACCGAACGGUGACGUUUUAGUAGAUAUAUCAAUACGGAAUAUGCCACGUUGCAAAUCUAUCGUAUCGUAUGUCUAGUUAUACAAAGGACAGUGAUCAUAGCGUAGAUUUACAUAUUGUUUCGUCAAGAUCACGUGAUAUUAAAGGGGAUUCCAUCAACAUGUCUGUCGCCGGCCAAGGCAGGAAAAAGUUCCUUGUGUGCGCCCUAGGCGUGUUCGUGUCGUAUUUCUAUUAUGGAAUACUGCAAGAAUCAAUAACAAAGGGGGAGUAUGUUAAAGAUGGAAAGAAAGAGAAGUUCACAUACACCCUGGCGCUUGUGUUCAUCCAGUGUAUUAUCAAUGCAGCCUCAGCAAAGCUUGCAAUGUCCCUAUUCUCCCGUGAAAAGGACUCGACACCCCAGAAAAUGUUCUCAGCGUGCUCGAUGACGUAUCUUGGAGCCAUGUUGGCCAGUAAUCAGUCCCUACAAUACAUCAGCUACCCGACACAGGUCCUAGGCAAGUCUGUGAAGCCCAUUCCUGUCAUGAUCCUGGGCAUUCUACUGGCCAAGAAGCGUUACCCCGCGGCCAAAUUCCUCUUCAUUCUCAUGAUUUGUAUGGGUGUGGCGUUAUUCAUGUUCAAGGACAAACCUGCGGUUGCUGAUGAAAGUCACGGGUUUGGAUUUGGCGAAGUGCUACUGCUUGUGUCCUUGACGCUGGAUGGUCUGACUGGAGCCUCUCAAGACCGCAUGAGGUCAGAACAUAAAACCGGAGCCUACCAUAUGAUGUUCUUUGUCAACUUGUGGUCCGUUCUCUGGCUCGCUAUAGGUCUGGUGGUGACUGGUGAGGGUCUAGCAUUCCUGGGAUUCAUGGAGCGGUUCCCCUCCAUUCUCAUCAAGAUGGUCACGUUCGGUAUUGCCAGUGCCAUCGGACAGGUGUUUAUAUUCAUCACUGUGACGUCAUUCGGUCCUCUCCCCUGCUCCAUUAUCACAACGACCAGAAAAUUCUUCACCAUUCUCGGAUCUGUCAUCAUUUUCCAAAACCCCAUAAACUCAAGACAGUGGGCGGGCACAGUCCUCGUGUUUAUGGGACUCGGACUUGAUAGUGCUUAUGGAAAAGAGAAGAAAGAUAUUAAAAACGUUAAAAAUGUGAAAAAUGAGUCGAGAUGAUGAUUGUUUGGAGUUUAGAUCUUAUUUUGUUAGAUAUUUUAUUUGAUGUUCUAUUUAUUGUAUGAUUUGUGAAUGUAAUUGUACAUUUAUGACCUAGCCCUUAUAUCUCAAACAAUCUAAAGUCAAUAAAGCUAUAUAUAAGCUCAGUAUUUUUAUUUUGGUAUAAAUUAUGUAAUAUUCUCCUUUUAAAGAGUUUUGAGGCUUAAACAAAAUUAUUGAUAAGAUAAUCAUAAUAAACAAUGUUUUGGUUUAUAAAAUCAAGUUUAAGUAAGUAAAUUGGUUCAGUAAAAUUUUAUACUUAA